UGGGAUAUUUUUGAUUCUAGUACAAUUUUCUCCUCAAUUCUCCGAGUGAAAUUUUUUCUUUCAUUGAAAAUUUGUGUGUGGCUAUUUUGUGUAAGUAUAAUACCAAUUCUAAGAAUGGAAAGUGUUGCAAAGCCAAUAUCACUGGAUUCUGCAGCUAAUCGAGAUAGCGGAUCGGUAGAAUUUGUAGAGGAUAUAGCCGAACAGGAAAACUAUGCAGAAUCUUGCCAACAUGACUCGGAAUACAACACGGCGAGUGAUAGUACGACAUCGGAAACGGGAAAUGAGAAAGUGAACCAAAAGCUUGAAGUGAUUGAGAUUAGUGAUGAUGAUGUCAAUGACGAUGAUGCACCAGAUGACGAAGAAGAUGAAGGAUCCAGCAUGGAAUCGGGUGGUGAAGAUGAUGAUGAAAAUGCUGAAAUGACACAGAGUCAAAUUCAAGAGAGCAAGAGACAGGUUGAUGAUGAUGAGGAUCGGAGUAAUCCUCAGUACAUACCAAAAAGGGGAACUUUUUACGAGCAUGAUGACAGAACAGCUGAGAAUGCUGAUGCAGAAGCGGAAGUGGAAGAAGAAGGUGAAGUAAAUGAGAAAAAGGUGUCCUUUACCUCACCAGCUCCAAAUGCGGUAAAAUUAACAAAGAAGUGGCAAUCAUCAAGUGAUAGAUGGUCUCAUGAUCGAUACGAUGAAAGUGAACAGGCCCCCAAAUCCAAGGCAGAACUCGUCUCUGCUUAUGGUUAUGACAUUCGCAAUGAGGAAAGUCCACCGAGAGCCAGAAGACGAAGACGCUACGGUAGAGGACCUAGUAAGUACACACGCAAGUGGGAAGAUGAGAAUGCAUACACUAAGGCACCAACUCGACGAAUUGCUUUGAACAGCAAGGACGAAUUUCCUGAAAUUGAUGAAAAUGCUCAAGCUAGAAAUAAUAGACGACGAGGUGAGAGAAAGAUCAUCAGUGAUGAUCAUGAAUUUUACAGUAGUCGAAGUCAGUCGAAUCACGGUGACGGCGGAAGUGAGGGAAGUUAUGGCCGGCCAUCUCAUGAGAAUAAUCAAUUGAAGCCAAAAAAUCAGUCAAUUGGCUACCGUGCAAAGUCUAGCAUUGAGUUUAAGAAUCAGAAUCGUCUUCGACAGAAUGUUAAUAUGGGUACUGGAGUGGAGCACAAUCGUGCUGACUCCUUUAUUAUUACACGUAAUAACAAUUUAACGAGUGGUGGACAUGUAGAAAAUAGCCACGAGUCAAUGGAUCAAAUGGAUCAUAUUGUGGAGGAAAAGCAAGUACACUCUGGUGACUAUAAGGCUGCUCGUCCUCAGCUUCAUCAACACCAUCAUCAGUCACAAUCGGCACACAAUAUAAAUGGGAAUGAAUUUACGGAAUUUAUGCCCAAUUAUCUGCACAAUCAGAUGAACACUGAACAGCAUCAGCAUACUAUUCACAAUGCACAAAUGAAUCAACCGAAUAUGCUUCUGUCACGUGAUGGGCCACUCAACUAUACUGGCGAUUCGUUGAAAAUGAUGCAACAGCAGCAAGGUGUUAGGAAUCAUAAUACAAGCACUUCAUCAUCCAACAUCAUCCCCAUGGGCAGCAAUAGUGAUAAUAUGCGUCAGACACCCAAAAGGUACUCGUCCUUGCGUCAGAGGACUGUGAUGCCCACUAAUUCGCAAGUCACUGGACAGAUGAUGUCAUCGUCUGAAACAGAUAUGCAACAGCAAGUUGUUGGAAACCAGGAAAGGCUCAAAAUAUCUUCAACAUUACAAAAACAGCCACAGGUGGCUAAAUAUGACACGAUGCCAGGACAACAGGGGGUUCUGGGUCAAGAUCAUCUCGAAUUAGUAGGUGUGGAAUCGCCUAAGUUGAAAAUGCGUCAAGCAAAGUCGCAUCAUUCCCAACCAGCACCACCGCAGACACUUCAGGUGGCACAACAGACAGCUAUUCUUCCCCAAUCCGGUCCACAAUCAACAAAUUACUAUGCUCCAGAAUACAUUCGACAAUCUUCACUACCCACACAUCGUUCGGCAUCUCAAGCCACUGCAAAGAAUCAUGCUGCAAUUCCCAAUCAAGCAGCAUAUCAGCCACAAUUUGCAUCAAAUAACACUGGAUCUGCUUUUGUACCACCAACGCCACAAACUACGCCGGCAUUUAUUGCUCCUCCGCCGCCACAAUCAACCAAUCCCCAACAGAUCCUCAACUAUAUAACACCACCAGCUAUGGGUCCAACACAGGCCCAGUAUCCUGCAUUUCCCAAUUAUCAAAAUUACAAUUCGAUGACAACACCAAGCAUCCCUCCUCAUCAAAGUCAAGGAGGUAUAACAUAUUAUGCGCCACAUACUCAACAGCAGCCACGAGCCGUAGUUUCUCAACGUCGUCCAACAAAUGCAAUUCCUAUUCUUGCGCCACCUGAACGUAGCGGGAAUGGCAAAGGACGUGGUCGAUUACCGACAUCUACAGGGAAUCAGACGGUGGAUGAUAGUGAAGGCAGCAGCAAUAGUGAAGUCAAAAGCAAUGCUGAAAAUAUUGAUCAUAUUCUCGAUAACAUGUUUGUACGGAGAACUCCGUAUGAGCAGCCAUCGUUGAAACCGUUAUCAUCUUCGCCUCCUGUGUCUCCGGUAGCUUCUAAAAAUGAUAUAAUCGGACCAGGAGUUGAACAGACUGAGGAGGCAUUUAAGAAUCUCUCCGUGUCUUCUGAGCAACAGUCGAUUAUGGAGGUGUCCGCUAAGAGUUUACGACCAGAAAGUCCAUCAAAUACUGAUCCAACGAUCGAGGAAAAGUAAUACGAUGAAUGCGGCACGUUCACUGGACAAUUAUAUUUAAAUGAAAAUUGUAUUUUUCUUAAAAACCCAGAUACAUAAUGUAUCUGAUAUUAUAUAUAUAAUAUCGCUCCCUUUUUAGAGUUUGAGUGAUAAAAAUUAUUGGAUAUCUUUUCAAUUCAUAAAAAUUGUUUAGUGCUUCA